UGUGUGUGUGUGUGUGUGUGUGUGUGUGUUGGCCAUCGGCGGGUAGAGCGCGAGGAGAGGAGGAAAAGCGUGUUUACACAGACGGCCGCGCGCCUGGGGAAUAAUGCGCGAGGGGAAGUGAGCCGGCUCUCUGUCUGCCUGCUCGAACUUCCUGCUCGGAGCAAAGCGAAAAAAAAAAAACACUCACAGACACACACACACACACCGAGAGAGAGCGAGAGAGAGAAGAAAAAAAAUCAGGAUCCCAUUACAGUCGUACUGAGCCGAGGAGACGACAGCAAGCAUGGAAAAACAGGGCAUUUUACGGAAUACUUUCCAAUAAUUCUUGACCUGGAAAAACAAAUUUACGCACCGGCCAUGGAGAGCGCCAUCACACUGUGGCAGUUCCUGCUGCAGCUGCUGCUGGACCAGAGCCACAAGCACCUCAUCUGCUGGACGUCCAACGACGGCGAGUUCAAGCUGCUCAAGUCCGAGGAGGUGGCCAAGCUCUGGGGGCUCCGCAAGAACAAGACCAACAUGAACUACGACAAGCUGAGCCGGGCCCUGCGCUAUUACUACGACAAGAACAUCAUCAAGAAAGUGAUCGGGCAGAAGUUUGUCUACAAGUUCGUGUCGUUCCCCGACAUCCUGAAGAUGGACCCCCAGGCCGUGGAGCACGGGGGCAUGUCCCUCCUCCAGGAGACGGAGUCUGACGUGGGGGAAGGGGAGGAGUCUCCCAAGCUGACCCUGUCGUCGAUGAGGAGCCCCGUCCACCGCAACGAGUACCUCCACUCUGGCCUGUACUCGUCCUUCACGGUCAGCUCCCUACAGGCCCCGCCCCCUCUCCUGCGGCCAAUCAAAGUGGAGCAACAGCGAGGGGCUGAGCGAGGCGAGGGAGAAGGGGGCCGGACUGUCAUACGAUUCGUCAACCGCCAGGAGAAAGGCGGGGCUCAGACUGUAGUGUCCCUCCCCUCUUCUCCUCCUCCCGUCUCCUCCUCCUCUUCCUCCGCCGACGUCUUCUUCACCUCCUCGGCCUCCUCCAAGCUCUCCCCGCGCUCCUCCUCUUUCUCCUCCCGCUCCCCCUCCCCCUCGCACAGUCCGGCCUAUCAGCUGCAGCCGGGGCGGAGCCCCGAGGCGGACAUGGACGAAUCAGAGCAGAACGCUCAGCCCCUCAACCUGUCCUCCAAUCACAGGGAGCGUGCUCAGUUGCAGGCUCCGCCCAAUGGACUCCCGCCCAAAACCAGGAAGCCCAGAGGCCUGGAAAUCUCCUCCCCCUCAAUCCUAUUGGCGGGGAGUGACAUAGGCUCCAUCGCCCUCAAUAGCCCCGCCCUUCCCUCAGGGUCUCUCACCCCAGCUUUCUUUACUGCACAGACUCCCUCAGGGUUGUUGCUGACCCCCAGUCCCCUGCUCUCCUCCAUCCACUUCUGGAGCAGUCUGAGUCCCGUGGCCCCACUCAGCCCCGCCAGGCUACAGGGGCACGGCUCCCUCUUCCAGUUCCCGACUCUGCUCCAUGCGCCGCUCCCGAUGCCCCUGCCCAGCCUGGAUGGCCCGUCCUCCUCCUCCCCCCUCCUCCUCUCCUCCAGCGCAGCUCAGAAGUCCUGAACCCCGAUCCCACCUGACUGGACAGGACCACAGCAACAACAACAACAACAGCAACAACAACAACAGCAACGACAGGCUGACAUGGGCCGAGCCCAGCCGAACCGAACCAAACCAAACCAAACCGCGCAGCGCUGGGCCAGUGUAUGAAUUCAUGAUCCAUUUAGGGGGUUGGUCCUAUUUACCCCCCCUUCGUCAUUGUAAACAAGAACCACUGUUGUUGUUGUUGUUGUUUUUUAUUAUUAUUAUUGAAGCCAAAUGUAGUCCAUGCAAUCACAUCUCAAAAGGUUGAGGAGUGACAAACUGCAAAAAAAAAACCCAAACAAACAAAAAAAAUGCUGAGUGAGCUUUUGUUGGUAGGGGGCGUUGUGCAUUCCCUUUAGGCUGUCAUGCCGUCAUAUGUAACUGAAGCUCACGGACACACACACACACAAUACAUACAUAAUCGAAGCCAAAAACAUGCUUACCAAACCACCAAUACACCACAAACACAGACAGGAAACACACGCACACAGACACACACACACACACACUCACAAACAAACACACACACUCUUCUGUGGUGCUAGUGUUGCAAAGUUCAUCUGUUUAUUUCAAACUCAAGGCACUUGAAUGUAUUGCUUCAUAUGCAAACAGCUCUCUCUCUCUCACACACACACACACACACCUCUCACACAUACAAAACACACCUCUCUCUCUCACACACACACUCACACACACACAAACACACUCACACCUUAUCACACUACAGUUCUCAUUCUGGUUCUCGUCUCUGGCCUGUUCAGGAUCCCUGGUCCUCUGUGCCCCUGUAGGGCCAUCCCUUUCUCUACAUCUCUGAGCCUAACUAGCUGAGUCCAUGCAGACGUUAAAGGUGCCAUCAGUGGGUUUUGAUGUGGGGAAAACAUGCAAUGCUUUUAGACCUGCAGUAAUAAUGGUGUGUAUAGAUAUAUGUCUAUAUAUAUAUUAUAGCUGGAUUAAUGUUCCUGUUUCUUCUGUUCCUUUUUAGAUACUUUUACAGUCUUUUUAAACGUAUUUGUUGAUUUGUUUGAGGGUAAAAAAAAAUACAAUUCAUAUGUAAACAAAUACAUGAAAAUCAGUUAAAAGAGAGAAGGACCAUGAAUAUAAAGGGCACAGUAAUAUUGGGGAGUAACAUCAUCAUUGUAGGUCGAAAGGCAUUUCAUUUUUUUCGGUCAUGCUUUAUUUGGAUCAUCCUCUACAGAUUAUUUAACAACACAGAUACUACAAUUAUAAACAAACCAUAAACAUAAACAAACAAUCUGCCACAAUUUGUUUACUUUUAUGGUUUGGGGGUGGUGUUGUUUCAGUGAGAAAUUAGAUAGACUGGGCUUAAAUUUCAACAAACCAUCUGUGAAGUCUCGUAGACGGGUGUAUCCAAAUAAAACAUGGCCAUUUUUGACAACAAAAACCUGGUUAGUACACCUUUAACACUAUACUACCGAAAGCUUUAUACCGCCAUGCCUAUUUUUGUUUUGUUAAAGAAGCAAACUACACGCUGUGAAUGGGUUGUUUGUGAUUCUCGUGUAUGUUGUAUUAUAUUGUAUUGUAUGCACUGUCGUAUGCUUCAACUGUGUUACCGUCUGUGCCUUGCCUUUGUAAGAAACGCAAAAAAUGUAUUAUUUCCAUUUUUUUGUAGACGAGAUUCCAGAUAAACAUUGGAAAGAAAAUGAAAAUGAGCUUUAUACUAGCUUUUCUUAUUUUUUCAUUAUGAAAUUGUUAACAAAUGUAUUCUCAUAUUAAUUUUAUAUUUGUGCUUUCUGAUGAAAUACACAGUUUGUUGUUUUUUUGAAUAAAAUGAAGCAUUGAAUGCUAUAUA